CACUCAGCUAAAACCCAUCAUUUGCAUAACGCAUCAAAUAUUAGGGUUUCCAGUUCAUCAUUGUUAGUUUGUCAAGAUAAAUUUUAUACUUUGAUUUUGAUCAGUAUGGCUGACAUUGAGCACAAGAGCCAUGAGCAAGAGACUCCUGCCGUCGAUGAGAGUAGUGCAGCAGUUGAGACCAAGGGUUAUGGGCUGUUCGAUUUCAUGAGGAAGAAAGAGGAAGAGAAGCCUAAAGAGGAGGUGAUCACCGCCGAGAAUAGUGCACCAGUUGAGACCAAGAGUCGUGGGCUGUUCGAUUUCAUGAGGAAGAAAGAGGAGGCGAAGCCUGAAGAGGAGGUGAAUAUCGCCGUUCCUGAGAGUACUGCACCAGUUGAUCAGACCAAGGAUCGUGAGCAGUUCGAUCUCAUGGGGAAGAAAGAGGAAGCGGAGCCUCAAAAGGAGGUGAUCGCCGCUCAUGAGAGUAGUGCACCAGUUGAUCAGACCAAAGAUCGUGGGGUGUUCGAUCUCAUGGGGAAGAAAGACGAAGUGAAGCCUCAAGAGGAGAUGAUCGCCGCUCCUGAGAGUAGUGCAGCAGUUGAUCAGACCAAGGAUCGUGGGCUGUUCGAUCUCGUGGGGAAGAAAGAGGAAACGAAACCUCAAGAGGAGGUGACCGCCGCUCAUGAGAGUAGUGCAGCAUUUGAGACCAAGGACCGUGGGCUGUUCGAUCUCGUGGGGAAGAAAGAGGAAGCGGAGCCUCAAGAGGAGAUGAUCGCCGCUCAUGAGAGUAGUGCAGCAGUUGAGACCAAGGACCGUGGGGUGUUCGAUCUCGUGGGGAAGAAAGAGGAAGAGGAGCCUCAAGAGGAGAUGAUCGCCGCUCAUGAGAGUAGUGCAGCAGUUGAUCAGACUAAGGAUCAUAGGCUUAUCGAUCUCAUGGGGAAGAAAGAGGAAGAGGAGAUGAUUCCCGCUCAUGAGAGUAGUGCAGCAGUCGAGAGCAAGGAUCGUGGGCUGCUCGAUUUCAUGGGGAAGAAAAAGGAAACGAAGUCUGAAGAGGAGAUGAUCGCCACUGAAUUUGAACAGAAAGUUCAGGUUUCUGAACCUCCUAAAGAAGAGGAGGAGAAGAAACCAACUCUCUUGGAGCAGAUUCACGACCACCGUUUUAAGAGCAGCUCCAGUUCUUCCAGUGACGAGGACGAAGUAGAGGAAGAGGAGAAGGAAAAGAAAAAGAAGGGACUGAAAGAAAAGAUCACGGAUAAGAUAUCAGGAGGAGAAGAGAAGAAGCACGAUGAAACUACAGUUCCGGUAGUCCAUAUCUCCGACGAUCAUCAGUACAAACCUGAAGAAGCAGUUCACGGCGCAGAGGCAACAACACCGCAGCCAGAGGAAAAGAGAAGUUUUCUUGGGAAAAUAAAGGACAAACUCCCUGGACAUAGCAAAAAAGCUGAAGAUCAUGUUGUUUCUGCACCACUAUCACCGCCACCUACGGCGGAGGUCACUUCUAAAGAAGAAGUACACGACGGAGAGGUUAAGGAGAAGAAGGGAAUUAUCGAGAAGAUCAAAGGGAAGCUCCCUGGGUACCAUCCAAAAACAGAGGAAGAGAAGGAGAAAGAAAAGGAGAAUCAUUAAACAAGAAAGCAUGCAUUAAUAUUGUGUUUUGAUGGUGAUCAUAAAAUAUGUGUGGGCUUCGUAUUUUUUUUUGUUUUUUUUUGCUCAUAUUCUGCUUGUUUAAUAUAUUAAGUUUGUUUAGUCUAUAUUUCAAAAUAAAAUAAUUUUAUUUCUUUGUU